UUCCCUUCUAUCAGUGCCUAUCAAUACCAUUAUGAAGCAGUGCAUCAACAUGUAUGUUCUGUAUGCCACAAGAUAUUUCCUGGUGAACGGUGGUUACAAUUCCAUCUGGAUGAAUUUCAUGAUGUCUUGUUGCAGAUCAAGAAAGAAAAGGGUGAAAAGAUUCAUAAAUGUUAUGUAGAAGAUUGCAUCAAGGUCUUUUCAACACCUCGUAUGCGUAGACUUCAUCUGGUAGACAAACAUCAUUAUCCAAAGUAUUUUCCUUUUGAUCUUGUC